AUGUCUUCCGACAACGAGGAAGAACUUCUCAAAGAGCUCCAAGCUAUCCAGGACAACUCAAUCGUGGUCGAUCCCACCGCAUAUUUGGCAGUCCCCACACUGCGACGCUACCAAGAUGUUUGGAAGCUCUUUGACCAAUGGCUCGGGACCCUUGUGGAGUCCGGCUCCAACGACCUACUUCCUGGCUCACCCACCACCGCAAGCGAACUUCUCAAUCCUUCCGCCCCUCACAUGCCUUCCAGAGCCUUCGCCUCCUUCCUUGAGUGGUGGGCAUCUUACGCCUCUGCCGCUUUCUACGAACUCCCGCUAGUCAACACUGCCGUCACAAUUAUCGGGCGUCUCUUCCGCUAUCUCGACCUCCACAGGCAGGACAAGCUUCCACGAUUCACCAGGCUUUCAGUGUUCAGGCAUAUUCGGGGUGAUAUGGUCAAAGACAAGUUUCUCUCGCCCCAGGAGCGACACCGCUCCUUUACAUCUCAAGGCGGAAUGAAACAGCUAGCCCAAGCAUUCUUCUCUCCCAACGCGCAACAUUCCUUACGAGCCAGAUGGCAAGGUCUGUUUGUCAUAUCCGUGCUCCGCCUGACAGCACUUCGACCAGGAUCCCUCUUACCCGGCGACCAACAGCCUAUCGAUACCCCGGGCAUGAGGUACCAAGACUUUUUGCUAUGCAUCACACCAGCAGAUGACCCUGACUCGCCUCCCACUCUCGCCCUCCGCCUCACCACCCUUCGCGGCAAAAUAGACGCCUCCCGUGACAAGGAACAUGUCUUGCUCGCGGAAAGCGAAUUGUGGUCCUGCCCCGUCCAUUGGCUCCUAGUCCUGGCCACUUUGGACGACGCCCUCCCCUGUCCCCUGGACCUUCUGCUUCACUCCCGCAACUUUCCCUGUCCACGAGUCUUGCAAUUUGGACGUGGCAACCUCGCGAUAUGUCGAAGUACACGCCAAUCCGCUCGGUCAUCUUGGACCGUUGGCUCGCUUCACAAGGUCAUGACACGCACCUCCUUGGUUGCCGGCUUUCCCUACGCCAUCACACCAUACGCAUUACGCCGGUCAAUGGCCGUACACAUGUUUGCAUCUGGUGUGCCUCUGGCACAAAUUUCAAAAAGGCUGGGCCAAACAUUAUGUCAGGAAGUGCUACGGCGUUACAUUGGGGAAUUCCCGGCCACCGAUAUCACGGCUCAUGUUCAUGAGGCAGCUGAUUCAGACGCCACGAUAGCCAUGGAACAUUUGCUUCUCCACCCAAACAUGCUGUCACCCGCGGCUCGAGCCCCAAUCUCCCUAUCCCCCGAGGGAAUAGAGGCGAUCCAUGACGAUGCUGAGUACGUUGAGGAGCUCGAGAGACACAGAUCUUUGCGACAGGAUCUCCUUCAGGGAAGUGCCUACAAACAAGCCAUUCCUGAGGUGCAAGCACAGAUAAAAACUAGCUGGUCUCGACUUCACGUGGUGUGGGGUCGAAAAAGCAGAGAAAUCUUAAGGCAGGAGCGCUACAACUGGUUCCAAGCCCACGAUCAAGAACGGCUUGUGAUGCUAUCCCAAGCCCCGGACCACCUACAAGACGAAGCUGCCUUGGACCAAAUGCCAGACGUUAUGUCAAGCACUGCGGACAUUGUGGAAUACGACUCGGAAGCGUUCGAAUACGUUCUCCGCACCCAUCGCCUACAAUACGCCUCUGAUUUCGCCAGUCUCGCUCAAGCAAGCUGCCAAGAAGAAACAGAGCUAGACGCGGAUGACAUAGACGCCAUAGAUGACGCAGAGUACCCCCUGGCUCCCACCCCUGCCCACGCUAGCGAACAGCUUCACCCACCUUCAACUUCCGCACAAGCCGAUUCAGACAAAGCACUUGAACCGGACACCAGCAACGAUCUCUAUAGUUUGUCCCAACUCGCAAGUCUUGUCUUCACCGCAGCUCCCUCUCUAGCCACCUCCAUCAAAGCCUUCGCCGCCCAGACCGACCUAACACCUGCUCGCCCCAUAACAACGCUCACACACGGGUUCCGGCCAGGUCAUCUCCCCGGGCCUGAUGGCCUGUGUCCCAGUUGCGGGGCAAACGUAUCAGACACGCCAAUUCUCUCCCGCAUCAGGCACGUCCACACAUGCACCGCCAAGUCUCAAAUGAGCCUCGCUCUUCCUGCCUUGCUAUCCAAAUACCCCUCCAGGCUAAGCAAAAGCCCCCUCAAGUUUUCCACAAAGUCUGUGAACGCUAAACUGGCGAAACCCACACAAGGGGUAUCCCUGCAUGAACUGUCCGAUGCGGUCAAACGUCAAGCCAUCAAGCCUAACGCCACCAUCUCCUGCGAUUUUCCAGAAUGCAACUCCUGUCAGCUCACCACUCUCUCCACCACCCGAGACCAUCUGCUAACACACUCGAUAUGGCUCCCCACAAUUUCGACCAGGGCAAAAUGGAAGCAAGACUUAGCGUCUUACAAUGCUGGUACCUGGGAUAUCGACACCGCCAGAUUCCCCGAGCUGGCCCCAUACUCAAUUGAAGCGUCGCAGUACUUCCCCGACCCUCAGUCGCAUUUUGAAUACUGCUCUCAUCUUUACUCCAAGACCUUUCUGCCCACCACAGCACAGCCCUAUGGCGUCAGGACUGAUAUAGGUGUCCCGGAUGCUGUCAAGUCCCUCGAGAUCGCACCGUCGCACUGUGCGGAUGAAAAGUAUCGCCAGAUCCACGAGACCGGCAAGAAAAUCGUCAAGGUCGGCUACUGUCUUCUUUGCGUACACAACAUAUGUGACCCUUUCGCGGAUCGAAUGACUGAAUUUGCUGGCGAUUUCCGCCACACCAGUGUGCAUUUUGCCUCCUGCGUAUUGUCGAUAUGGGACGCCUACGCUGCUCUGGAAGAAGAAGACGGCCUCAACAAAGACGAUUGCUCCGACGAUGAUACCAGCUCAACAGACGGAAGCGCUGGGCGUUACCCAUUGACGCUGUCCUUCUGCAUGGUUCAGAACCGCUUAGCCUGCCCCGAUACGACAUGCAGAAGGUUCGGCGUUUCUCACAACAAUAUGCUCGACUUCAUUCACCACAUGGCGGCGGUACAUUACAUGGGACUGCAAAGACCUAUCGAUGGUGUCACACAUCGGGCAUGCGAUUUCUAUGACCUGGCUGGGAGAGAUCCUCAGCACCUUUGCGAGAUCUUAAGUGCCAGACUACGAUCGUCGUCUUGGAAGGACGACUGUAGGAUCGGUCGCAUGUACGGCAAAGCCCUGGCACAGGAGCCACCGGCCGAAGAGUGUGAGGAUGCUCCGACCACUGAGAAAGCUUCUGGGAAACGCAAGGCCGGCAAGUCAAAAGCGAAAACGUCCAAGCGAGCUCGUGCGAGCAGGUCGAAAAGGUCUUCGGCUAAAAGCAAAAAGACCAUUGAUGAGGAGGAAGAAGAGGAGGAAGAAGAAGAGGAGGAGAAAGAGCAUGAGGCUGCUGAUGCAGAUCAAGAAGGUACAGAAGAUGCGGGAGAAGGUGGUGAGAGAGACGCGGCAGAUGUGCAGUUGAGAGUGAGAAGGAGAGGCCAGAACACAGGGAGAGCGAGCGAGAGUAUAAGCAUUAGUCAGACUGGUUGCUCGAAGGACGCAUCAUUGUAUCUUCUCACUGCCCUCGUCAGGCCAUUUUCAGACUGUCGGAGGAAAGGAGAUCAAUCCCACUCACAUGUCAUCAUGCUCCAAGCCCUCAUCCGUCUGAAAUGUCGGUCAAAGUCUGCGGCAAGAUGGUCCCAGAGAGCGAUCCAGUCACGAGCACUCGGCAAAGAUGUCUUGUCGACGGAACUUCCAUCACCCUCCUCCAUGCGACAACUGCUUGCGAGCCUUCAUGUCAGACGUCCCAUUUCAAGAGACGGAUGUGGGCUCUUCAUUACGCCGCCAUUGACACCCACCCAGACACGGUAUCACCGUCGGUGCACAGAACCCCUCGUGAAGGCCAUUGACGUGUUCGACUGGCAAUGUCAUAGGUGUAUCCACUGGCUUUACUACUGGCUCACCAUGGCGCAAUGGUGCACGGACCCCCGGUGA